CGUGAUUAGCCGUGUAUUUACUUUCCUGGUCGGUCGUUUACCAAAAAGGCAUGACAUAUUCGGAUACAUAAGGUUGUCGUUUUCUAUGGUAUGAUGGCGACUUCAUCUUUAAGUUGCAGUGUUUGUGAUUUACGUCAUGUAUCCAAACCUUCUGCGGUCUGGUGUACUGAAUGUGAUGAAGGACUUUGCGAAGGCUGUCAGGAACAUCACAGCUUAUCUAAAGGAUCUCGAAAUCAUACUGUUAUACCAAUUUCCGAAUAUCGUAAAUUACCACGUGAUGUAGUAAAGAUUAGUCAGUUCUGCGAGAAGCACAAUGAGAAGUUAAGCAUCUACUGCAAGAUGCAUGAAUGUCCUUGUUGUAGAAAAUGCAUUGUAGAAAGUCACAACAAAUGCCAUGAAAUAUUAAAAAUAGAAGACGUCAUUAAUAACGUCAAAUCGUCAAAUGCAUUUUUUGAGAUCGAACAGACAUUAAAGGAAGUCGGGGAAAACAUUGAAAAAAUCCGGGAAGACCGACAAAACAAUCUGAAAACUUUACCGGAGACUCGGAAACAAAUUGAGAAGGAAAUCCUAGAAACUAGAACAUCAAUCAAUAAUCAUAUCGACAAAAUACAAGCAGAUAUAAUAAAGGAACUAUAUGCAUCGGCAGACCAGAAGAGUAAACAAAUCCAUCAACUGUUAAAUUCUUUAGAGGAAAAACAACAAGGGAUUGCCAUAUUGCAAGGGAGCAUUUCAGAUAUCAAACAGCAUGCGUCAGAUCUUCAGACUUUUUUGUCAAUGAAACGUAUUGAAAAAGAGGUCUUUGACAAAAAUGAAUUCAUCAGGUCAAUAUCUAGUAGCGACCAUUUGAAACAGAUUGUUCUGUCAUUUAAUAUCAACACUGCAAUUAAAAAUCUCAUUACCGACAUCCCCAAUUUCGGAAAGAUAAUAGUUGAAAGUAUACCGUCCAAUAUUGAGCUUACUACAAGAAAGCAAAAGCAAGCUCAGUUAAUGGUUACAAAAGUACUAUCAAGAUCGUUUGAAAAUAUCAGUCUAAACAUUCAUCAGACGAUUAACACCAAAGAAAGCAAACCAAAUAGAGGUACAUAUCUGCUACCCGAUGGAAGGAUGGUAUUUUCUAGCAGUAUUAGUUAUAGACACUCUUCUGUAACCGUUCUGAACGCAAACGGAUCAGUGAAUUUUAACGUCAAAUUGCCAUCAUUAUCAUCAUCUUUUGAUGUAACAUAUAUUACGGAAAUUAAUUCUUUAGCUGUUUCAACUGGAGGUUCUGGUGCGCAGUGCAUUCAUAUUAUUGACAUGCAAACCCAAAACGUCAAGAAAACUAUUGCUUUAAAUGGGUAUAUAUAUGGGAUAACAUAUAAUGGAACCGAUUUAAUUUAUUCUGGGCGGCUUGAAGGAAUUCGAAAGAUACAUCCUCAUAACGAGACCAUAAGCGAUAUAGUCGCAGGUCAAAUGGAGGCCGAAUGCUACGUUACAACAUUUAGUGAUAAGCUGUAUCAUACCAACCCGGGUAAAAACACUGUUACAUGUUUUAAUCUUCAAGGUAAACUACAAUGGACAUUUCAAAAUGAAAGUGUUUUGCAGACACCAGGAGGCAUCACCGUAGAUAGCAGUGGUGACAUAUACGUAGUAGGACGCAAAUCAAACAAUGUUAUACUUAUCUCUACUGAUGGAAAACGACACCGACAACUGUUAUCUGGAAGUGACGGUCUCUCCGAACCAAGGGCGAUUCAUUUUAGUCAGGAAAGAAAUUUGUUAAUUGUUGCAAAUAGUCGAGGAGGAGAAGCAUUCUUAUAUUCAGUAAACUGAACAAUUUUGCAAAUAUCAUUUAGUGACUACGGAAAAAGUUAACAUUUGAAAUGUUUUAACUAAAUAUGUUUUCCUAAUGUCGUGCAUGAAGUAUCAUUUAAAUAUUAUGUGGUAUGAGUU